UGUGUCCGAGUUCUGAGUCCUGAGACUCUGCACUCAGGAGCAGAGAGAGAAAAAAAGUUAGAGAGCGAGAGGGAGGAAAACGAAACGCCUCGAAACUCAAAACCCUAGAAACGCGAAUUUUUCUUCUCUCUCUCAUGGAUAAUUUAUCACAUUCUCGGCAUCCAAACAGGUCUUCUUCCGCGAAAAUGAUGAACAAUGGCGGCCUGUUAGCCAAGACGCUCUACGACGACGUUUACGGCGGUCCGCCGAAGUUCGGCCUCUCGUCCCUCUCGCCCCGCCUGGAGGACUACAGCGAGAUUUUUGGGAGCUUCCACGCGUCACGCGCCUCGUCGAUUCCGGUGCUGGAUGUUCCCGCCGUCGACGAAAACGAGGUCUUCUUCGAUGUGCGGAGCUCCGGCUUCGACUACAGCGAGGUCUUCGGCGGCUUUAACGGCCUGGAUUUCGCCGUCGCGUACGACGACCUGGCUGAUCAAUCCCACGGCGGCGGCGGUGGCGAUUCCUCCGACGAAGCCUGGACUCCUGCAGAAUCUGGUUCUCUGUCAGAAGGGUCGGAUGAUUGCGGAAAGAACCAAUGCUCAAAUGGAGAUCCUUACCAGUCAUUUGAUGGCAGUAAAGAUUUCAGCAUGGCAUAUCAUACAGCUCAUCAAACAAGCAGUAAAGAUUCUUUGAACGGGAUGGCAUAUGUAACUCAGGCACAUGUUGUUCCUGGAUACACAUAUGUGCUGGAUGAAAUCACUCCCUCCCAACAGACAGAACAUGAGAAUCCAAUCCUUCAAGCAGCUGAUGAUAGCAAAUUAAAUAUGAACUCCACUGUGGAAGUGGUGAAUCAAAAUUAUCUCAAAAAGACCAUGUCACUCCCCCCUAAUGGUAGUUCUUCCGGACAGGCAUUUGGAGACAACCUUAAACAUGAAAGAGGAAAUGGUAGAUAUGGUUCUCAUCAUAGAAGGCCGUUUGUGACUGUAUCAGACAUAAGCCUUAGAACUCAGCCCUCUCAGUUGCCACCACCCUCUCGACCACCGCCCAUACUGGAUGGAAGCAGUGGAGAUUCUGGUAGAUUGUCCUCAAAUUCUAACACGAUUGCUUCUGAUGGGACGGCAGGUGAUAGUUCACCCCGGUUCUUUGAUGUCGAAGUGGAUGCAAGUUCAUCUGCUGCAAUCUCUGCAGCUGCUAUGAGAGAAGCAAUGGAGAAAGCUAAAGUACAACUGAAAAGUGCAAAAGUGUUAAUGCAGAGGAGGAAAGACGGAUUCCAAACCCGUACAACAUCGGGUUCAAAGAAAGAAAUGAAAGAGAAGGAAGGAAUGGUGGGUAAAAUUGUUGAUGACUGCAAUGGUGUGAAAGUUGAGGGAGUGCAGGGCACUUCUGUACGAGAAGAUGGUAGAAUGAAAUUUGUUGUUAAGAAGGAAAGGCGGAAAUCUUCAAAGACAACCAAAGAAGUUCCAGAAUUUUUAGAAGAUGAAGUAUUCAUAAAUGUGGCUAAACAUUUUGAACAAGAGAAGCAUGGGAAUGGGUCUUUCAAAAUUGAUGAUGCUAAUGAAUGGCAGGAAGAAACACAAUAUUUUGAAUUGGCGGCAAUUGAUGAGUCCAAGAAGGCUUUUGAGCUGGAAAACAAAGAGAAGAUUUUGGUUCAGAGCAGAAAAAGUCACGAGAACAGGCAUAAAGAAAAGGCAACCAUGGAAGCAUUAGAGCAGAAAGAAGAAAUCGAUAAGAAAGUAAGAGCAGUUAUUAAAGAGGAAACAGAGAAGCAACCUCGUGGAUGGGAGGAAUGCAAUGCAAGACCCAAAGCAUCUAAGGAGGCAUGCAGUCGAAAAGAGCAUGACAAAAAGGUGAAGGUGGCUGAAGAAAUUCAUGAGAACGGACAGCAUGAGAUGAGUUCUAGAAUGGGGACUCUACCUGCAGAACCUGAGAAGCAAAGAGAUGCUGAAAAAUCAGAAAAGCAUGACAUUGUGCUGGAGGUUCAAGAGCAGGCCAGGAAGAAGGUAAAUGAUAAAAGAAUUAGAAGUGACAAAAAACUCAAGGAAUCUCGUGGCAUGAAAAGUUUUGAACAGAGACAAGAAGAAGCUUUGAAGCAGGAAGAGAAUAAAAUAAGGCUUAAAGAGGCAUUUGAACAAGCAGAAAAUGAGAAGAUACUGAACAAGGUUCUUGAGCAGGAAGAAAAUGAGAUGAGGUUAAAGGAGGCUGCUCUUGAGCAGGUAGAAAAUGAGAUGAGGUUAAAGGAGGCUGCUCUUGAGCAGGUAGAAAAUGAGAAAAGGCUGAAAAAGGCUCUUGAGUUGCGAGAGACUGAGAAGAAACUAAAAGAGGCUGCUGAACUGGAAAAUAAGAAGAAACAGAAAGAGGCUACUCAAAUAGAAGAAUAUGAGAAGAGGAUAAAAGAAGCUCUCGAGAGGGAAGAAUAUGAGAAGAGACAACAAGAUGCCUGUAAAAGAAAGGAAGCUGAGCAAAGAAUAAAAAUGGCCCAUGCUUAUGAGCAGCAAUAUGACAUAAAUGGAUUAAUAAAGGCUCAGGACAAAGAAGGAACUGAGGGAAGAUUAAAUGAAACUUUUGGGCAAGUUAGAACUGAAAGCAUGUUAGAAGAGGCUAAUGAGUCGGAACAGACUGGGAAGACUGCUAAAGUUGCUGGUGACUGGGAAGAACUGAAUGUCCUAAACACAACAAAUGAGGGGACAGAGAGGAAUGAAAACGGUCAGACCUUGCACAUGAAACAGGAGGAUCUCAGGGUAUCUGAUGAUACAUGUAACCAGGAUUGUAAUCAGAACUCUCAAGCGACUCAAAUAUCCAAUAAGCAUGAUAAAAGCAGUGAAACAGUGGCAGCAACACAAGAAGUCCCUGCUCAUGAAGGAAAUGGAGAGAAAAGGACUGAACACAACAAUAGUGAUACACAGCCAGAAGUAGUACGAGUAAGCAUGUUGAUUGAUUUGGAACUUAAAGCAUCUGCCACAUCUGCAGACCAUUUAGAAAAUGGAGAGAACCGGUUCAGAAGGGAAGAUGCCAGUGAGUCUCUUCCAGUAGAUGAUAGUGUCAAGAAAGCAAGUGAAGAAAUUAGGGCUGAACCUAAAGCUAGCAAAAGGGAAUUGGGGGCAUUUGAAAUUGACAAUGUGCCGGUUGAUGAAAAGCUCAAAGAAUCUGGCAUGGCCCAGCAAAGCACACAAGAAGGAAAUAGCCAAGUUGCAGUGGAAGAUGCCUAUGAGUCGGUUCCUUUAGACAUUCACAUGAAGAAAGCCGGAGAACCUGGCAGUCACAUUGGACCACCACGGGUUGAGCAAUUUAAUCAAGUGGAUUUUGAUCAUGAAGCUAAAAAGGACUUAAAGGAAGUUGAAGCUGCCUCAAUCAGAGAAGAAAACAAGAAAGAAUACUCGACGCCUAAACUGGUGAAAGAGUUUGUUGAAAAUAAAAGGAAAACAGCAGCAGCUCAUCCCGCCAUGACAGAAUUAAACAGCCAGAAAUCAUCUGGACAAUUUAAUGCAGGUCAGCCCCCAGAGAGAAAAGAGAAGAGUCUUAAAGAGACCCCUAAAAAUGGGGAAAAAGAAAAUGAAAGAUUGAAAAGAGAAAGAGAGCUUGAAAAUGAGCGCCUUAGAAAGAUAGAGGAAGAAAGAGAAAGGGAGAGAGAAAGAGAAAAAGAUAGGAUGGCUGUUGAUAGAGCGACACUUGAAGCUCGUGAAUGGCCGUUUUUGGAUGCUCGUGAUAGGACAGAAUCAGCUGCUAUUGAGAGAGCAUCAGCUGAAGCUCGACAAAGAACAAUGGCAGAGGCUCGUGAAAGACUGGAGAAGGCAUGUGCAGAGGCCAGGGAGAAGUCAUUAGCAGGGAUGACAGCCAUGGAGGCCAGGCUCAAGGCAGAGCGUGCCGCAGUAGAGAGAGCAACUGCAGAGGCUCGAGAGCGUGCUGCAGAAAAAGCAAUGGCUGAAAGGGCUGUAUAUGAAGCAAGAGAGCGCGUGCAAAGAUCUGUUUCUGAUAAAUUCUAUACUUCGUCUACAAAUAUUGGCUUAAGGCACUGCUCUUCAUCGUCGGAUCUACCGGACAGCACUAGGGGAUCAAGAUAUCCAUAUUCCUCAGUAUAUGGUGAGAGAUAUGAGGGGGUGGAAGGUGAAUCAGCCCAAAGGUGUAAAGCUAGGCUAGAGAGGCAUGCUAGAACAGCUGAACGAGCGGCAAAAGCUCUUGCGGAGAAGAAUACGCGCGAUCUUCUUGCACAAAGAGAGCAAGCAGAGAGAAAUAGAUUAGCCGAGACUCUGGAUGCGGAAGUCAGGAGGUGGUCAAGUGGAAAAGAAGGCAACUUGCGUGCAUUGCUUUCAACUUUGCAAUAUAUCCUUGGUGCUGAUAGUGGUUGGCAGCCCGUUCCGUUGACAGAAGUCAUAACAGCUGCAGCAGUAAAGAGAGCUUACCGGAAAGCCACUCUAUGCGUUCAUCCUGACAAAUUACAACAACGGGGUGCAAGCAUUCAACAGAAGUACAUAUGCGAGAAAGUUUUCGAUCUUCUAAAGGAAGCUUGGAACAAAUUCAACUCCGAAGAGCGGUAGCGCCGGCUUUUGCGCAUGCAGCCCAUUAAUAUCAUGUAAUUUGAUUAUUUUUUAUUUUUAUUUUUUUUUUACCGCGAGUAAUUAUGUAUCCUUAGCUCACAAGAAUAGUUGUUGGGUAAAUUAUAAUUGAAUGAAAUAUGGUGGUUGAAUGUUCAAAUUUUGGAA